CAGAGUUUAGGUCAGCGACUGUAUGUCAUGGUAUGCAACUAUUAGAGGAUGAGGUGAAGGUAUCAGUGGAUGAAAUGAUCAUGCCAGAUGCCUCGGUUCCACUGUCCACGGAAGAGAUUUUCACUGUGGAACAAGCAUAUAAGUCGUUUAUCACUUGGCCUAAAUUUUUGGUUAAACCAGUUUCUGACCCCUCGACGCAGGAACAACAGAAGAUUCCUCUAUCUGAGGAUGACCCUCUUUCUUCAUUGCAUCUACUUGCUGACAUCCUUGAUGAUAAGCCUUUGGAGGUUCAGUAUGAUGCUAAUGUAUUUGGGCAUGGCUCUGAGGUCCCAAUAUACCUUAAUAGCCAAGAUGUCCGUGAGCUUGCGUCGGGAACACAAGAGUUGAAUAUUUCAAUUAUUCAACUAUGGACGAUGUAUAUGUCUGGGGUCACUAAUAAGUUGGGGCGUUCUGAUGAUUAUGGAUUCAUUGAUCCCCAAGACAUUCAUGAAUCAAAUGAUUUUGAUCAUAUCAACACGAGAAUGAUAAGCAGUUUUCGAAGGGGCAAGAAAAUAUACUUUUUGCCUUAUAUAUCCGGGCGCCAUUGGCAACUUCUUGUUAUGUCUGUGCAAGACAACUAUGCUUUGUGGUUCUGCUCAUUGCACAGGCCUCCUCCCACACAACUCAGACAAGCAAUUGAUUGUUCUAUUCCAGCAAGUAUGAUGAUGGACGGGAGAUCAAUUGUUAAGAGUAGAAAGAUUGCUUGGAUUUCUCUCAAGUGUAACAGACAAAAUGGGUCAUAUGAGUGUGGAUACUAUGUAAUGUAUUGGAUGACCCAUAUUGUUCGUUCUCACAUCACAAGAAGCUGGGAAACGAGAUUCAAGACUACUACACCAGUUCCUGAGAAGUCACUACUAUUCAUUAGGAACGCUGCUGCGAAGUAUAUAGUUAGAUUAUACAAUAGCUCUUAGAUUUAGAUUUAAACAAUGCAUUUGAUUAGAUAGAAUUUUCUUAGACUCUCUACUUUAUUUGAUG